AUGGCAACAUCAAACAUCCUUACUCCACUCAAAGAGGUCAAAAUCUCCAAACAUCAAAUCCCAGCCCAUGGCUUGACGCCAAAUACAUCAAUACAAAAGAAGCCUUUGCUUCUAUACAGAAAUGUGUUUAUAGCGAAUACAAGUGCUGGUCAGAUUGAAGAGCACUUGAGGGGGUUAGGGGUUGUGGAGCCCGCUUGGCGGUAUACUAUGUACUCGACAUCCCACUUCCACACCACAUCUCACGAAGUCCUGUGCAUAUCCUCUGGCUCAGCAUCCCUCUGUUUUGGGCACGAAGACAAUCCCUCUUGCGUCAAAGAAACUGUAAAACAAGGGGAUGUCAUCAUCGUACCUGCGGGAGUUGCACAUAGACUACUGGAGGAUUUGGAGGGAGGCUUUGAGAUGGUGGGGAGUUAUCCGAAGGGAAAGAGUUGGGACAUGUGUUAUGGGAAAAGGGGAGAGGAGGGGAAGGUCAAGGGGAUCGGGGGGCUGGGGUGGUUUGGGGUGGAUCCGGUGUAUGGGGUGGGUGGACCUGCUGUGGAUGUGUAG